AUGGAAGAAGGCACGACACCAGCGAACUCGCUAGAGCCUCCUCCGUUGCCAUAUACGCUGCGUACUCGGAAGAGAGCGAUUGCGUUUUUCUGGACCCUCUUCGUGAUCGACACUUGCGCCCAGCCGGUGGCGCUCUACUUUGGACUAUGGUACGGCACGAAUCUCUCGCACAACAUGGUUUUUACCAUUGUCACCGCCGCGUUGGGAGGUAUAUCGGUUUUUGAGUACUUCUACCGGCUCUACAAUCUAUUCCGGAAAGAUUCACGAGCGCGACCGCUGAACGCAAAGAAAUCAUGGUUGGAUUUUUUCCAUAUUAACUUCACGCUGGUAUGGCUGAUUCUGGCGGUCGAGCUCAUCGUUGGAACCGUUCAACCAGAGCCAUAUGUUCGUCUCGUCGCCAUGGUGCUUCCCUCCGUGAUGUUCUAUUUUGGCUUCGUCCACCUGUCGCUAGAUGUCCUUCGAAUGAUGGGGUUCAAGGCCCCUUUUCGUAUCUCAUCAACCCCCAAAGGCUCCGUAAUGCCAACCGCGCUCUAUGUCCUCAUCGAAGACGUGGUCGCCGUUGACGGUGGCGGUGGCCAGAUGUAUCGAUACGCCUUGCGCACCCGAUAUCUCUCCAGUCCGUACUUCCGUCGAAUGCUCUUUGAGAUGAAUUGUUUCUGGGCCGGGGGGUCUAUCAUCUGGGCCGGUGCCAUCACAGCCAUCGUCUUCACCACCCCAGAGCCCGUUGCCUACACUCUGGGCUGGUGCCUCCCCUUUGUCUGGGCGGCAUUAUGGACCAUCAUCACCAUCCCAUGGGUUCAAAGCGACCUCCGCCGAGAGAAGAAGGCCUGGCGAGAAAACAGAGGUCAACUGGGUAUCCCCUUCACGGACGACAUCGACGCCCCCCACGGCCGCACUCGGCUGGGAUCCGUCCAGGAUCGUCUGCCACAAUUGUUUCCGUGGACCCGUGAGAAGGCGAGCACCCCGUCCACGCCAGAGCCAUCCUCGCCUGAAACCCACCCCGAGAUUCCUAUACAGAACAGUACUUGCGAAGCUGACCCUCAAGCUGCGUGA